AUGUUGGCGUUUUGCCUGUUAAGUGCCGUGUGGCUCGCGGCGAGCCCGUCCCUUGCACAGAACGAGACGGAACCAAUCGUUCUGGAGGGGAAGUGCCUCGUGGUGUGCGACUCCAACCCGGCCGCGGACCCCACGGGCACGGCGCUAGGGAUCUCGGUGCGCUCGGGCAGCGCCAAGGUGGCGUUCUCCGCAGUCCGGAACACCAACCACGAGCCCUCCGAGAUGAGCAACCGGACGAUGGUCAUCUACUUUGAUCGGGUUCUAGUAAACGUUGGGAAGAAUUUUGACGAGGAGAGAAGUAAUUUCAUCGCGCCACGCAAAGGGAUUUACAGUUUUAACUUCCACGUAGUGAAAGUCUACAACCGCCAAACCAUACAGGUGAGCUUGAUGCACAACGGCUGGCCGGUGAUUUCGGCAUUUGCCGGCGACCAGGACGUGACGCGCGAGGCGGCCAGCAACGGUGUCCUGAUUCAAAUGGAGAAGGGAGACCGGGCCUACCUCAAACUGGAGAGAGGAAACCUAAUGGGAGGCUGGAAAUACUCCACCUUCUCCGGCUUCCUGGUGUUCCCCGUGUAG